AUGGCUGGUUCUGCUCUCCGCGCUGCUUUCACCGCAGCCGUCGCUGUUCAAUCGGUUUCAGCCGCGACCAAGACACCUGCUGGGGUCAUUGCUCUCCCGCUAACUCGCGAUGAUGGCUUGACCGCGUAUUUUGCCAAGCUUCAGGUUGGCACGCCGCUGCAGACACAGCAUCUCAAGAUCGACACGGGCAGUCCACGAUAUUCUUUCCUGGACCCUCGCAAUGGGGUUUGCCAAAGAGAGGGAGACCCCUGUGUCGAGUAUGGCACUUUCAACAACGAAACAUCUUCUACAUGCCAGUACGCGGGCACUAACUUUGCCGACGCUUUGGGCUAUGUUGGUCGGGGCGACUAUCUGAGCGACACCGUUGUUUUUGGUGGUGUUGCGACUAAAAACAUGUACUUUGGGUACACUUCUGAUUACAGCUUCCCCGACAAACUUAGCGGCGACAUUUACACCAUUCUCGGUCUGUCACUGGAGUGUGGAUAUGACUUUGCCGGUCCCGAAUGCACCUACAGAUCUUCCUCUUAUGCUCUUCCAGAGCUCAAGAACGCCUCUACAAUUAACUACAUGGCCUCGAGCAUCUACCUUGGACCCGAUGACAAGGAGGCUGCUAACGCCCAAAUGCUACUCGGUGGCGCCUACGACAAAGCCAAGAUUGAUGGCGACCUCAUUACUGUGCCAAUGGUUGACCCGUUUAAUGUCCAGCUCACUGGUGGCCAGACCAACUCCGUCAACGUCACUUCUCUCGAAGUUUUCCUCAGCAAAGACAACAACAAAACAACAGAGACUUACGGUGAAAAGGGAGUCGGACUUCCCGUGCUCAUGGACACCGGUGUAGCAGCAUGGUAUCUCCCCGACAAGAUCAUGGCUCCUAUCUACCGCGCUUUCGAAGUCACCGAGGAGCCUCCUCUGGGUCAGAGAUACUUUGUCGUCGACUGCAAAUACGCCGACCCCAAGCGAUCCGACGGUUACAUCUCUGUUGGUUUUGGUAACUACGGCAAGAUCAAGGUUCCACUCCAUGGCGUGGUAUCAAAGUUCCCCGACAAGACAUGUGGAGUCUUUACUGCUUCUCGCGGCGAUACUGUGUCCAUCUUUGGUGAUCCUUUCUUGCGCAAUGUGUACAGUAUCUUUGAUCAGGAGAACUGGACCCUCUCGAUGGGACAUGUGAAGCAUACGGAUGAGGAGGAUAUUGUGCCUUUGCCGAAAGGAGGUUUUUAA